GUCAGUUACUAGUAGGGUAACGGCAGCGCUGCAUGGUUCCUGUCAACUUACGUGUAGAAAUUACGCGGCGGGUAUUACUAGUUUUUUUUUCAUGUAGUGCUACGUUCGGAAAACGUUUUUCGUGCAACACGUGGUUGGUUUAGAAGUUUCAUCCCAGUUUCGUUGAUUACCGAACGGUCGGCCUCGCGUGAUUUCAUUUCGUACGGCUACUAAGUGGAUAAAAAGUUUGCAAGUUUGUUUAUUUUGUUGUGUGCUUAUUUUGCGUGUUCUAGUGUUUGUGUUUUUGGUGAAUGGAGUUCAGUUUUUGUGCGGGAUUUUAACUAGUGGAUCCCCGUGAACGUCAAUAACACCCUGGCACAUUUAGAUUUCACACAAUUCAUGGGGGACGUCGAGAUCCAAGAUUUCACGAUGAUGCCGGGAGGAGCCGAGAGGUAUGUCCCGAGUUCGAACAGUUUUUUGUGCAUGAAUGCAGACGCGCUCGGCUUUCACGAUAAUGGGGUGAACAUGAACAUAAACAACAAUAACAACAGCACCAACAUUAACAAUAACAAUAACAAUGAGGAGAAGACGGAGAUGCCCGACCCCGAUUACAUUAAGAUGUUCGUGGGCCAGGUCCCGCGCAGCAUGGACGAGAAUGACCUGCGCCUCAUGUUCGAGGAGUUCGGCCGCGUGCACCAGAUCAACGUGCUGCGGGACAAGGUGACAGGCGCUAGCAAAGGGUGCUGUUUUGUGACGUUUUUCACGCGCAAAGCGGCGUUGAAAGCGCAAGAUGCUUUGCACAAUAUCAAAACACUGAGUGGGAUGCACCAUCCCAUUCAGAUGAAACCAGCUGAUAGUGAAAAUAGAAAUGAACGCAAGCUGUUCGUCGGCAUGCUGAAUAAGAAACUCUGCGAGAACGACGUAAGGGCGCUUUUCGCCGGGCACGGGGCUAUAGAGGAGUGUACCGUGUUGCGGGACGCUCAAGGGCAGAGCAAGGGGUGUGCGUUCGUCACCUUCGUCUCUAAACAAGCAGCCAUCGCCGCGAUUAAGGCGCUCCACCACAGCCAAACUAUGGAGGGCUGUUCAGCGCCUCUUGUCGUCAAGUUCGCGGACACGCAAAAGGAGAAGGAGCAGAAGAAGCUGCAAGCCAUGCAGGCCAACCUGUGGGGGCUGACGACGCCGAUGCCGCCCACGGCGUACCUGGCGUCGGAGGCCGCCCUGUCGCCGGCGACGCAGCUGCAACUGCUGCAGCAGCUCCAGGGCUUGCAAGCGGUGGGGUUGCAGCAGCAGUUGCUGCAGGGACAGGGGUCCACGCUGUUGCAAGGUGUAAACUACCAAGAUAUCGCUUUCAAUGGCGCAGGGCUGACGGGGGGCGGGUCGGAGCAGCUGGGCGGGCUGCUGGCGCCGGUGUCGGUGCAGAACCUGGCCGCCCUGGCCGCCAUGUCGCAGCCGCCCGUCGUCACGCAGACCAGCAUCGCGCCGCCCGCCGCCGCGCCGCAGCCCGCGGCGCCGCAACUUUGUCUUCUCGGGAAGACAAACGUCACAGGGUCGACAGCGGAGCCCCUGGGGUCGGCGUACGCGGCUCAGUUUGGGGGGGCCUUCGCGGCGGCGCCCCUCGGCUCCGUGCUGGGGUCCGCCGCGGCCGCCGCCGCCGGCAAGCAGGUCGAAGACGAUCAGUGGCAUCCCCUCUACUUUUUCCUAUCACCGUCCCGCGCUGGCCCCGUGCGAGUUGCCAUUGAUGAAGGACCGGAGGGAGGGAACCUGUUCAUCUACCACCUGCCGCAGGAGUUCACCGACACGGACCUGGCGUCCACGUUCCUGCCCUUCGGCCACGUGAUCUCGGCCAAGGUGUUCAUAGACAAGCAGACCAACCUCUCCAAGUGCUUCGGCUUCGUGUCGUACGACAACGCGGCCUCGGCCCAAGCGGCCAUACAAGCCAUGAACGGCUUUCAAAUAGGUACAAAGAGACUCAAAGUUCAAUUGAAGCGAUCGAAAGAACUAUCGAGACCGUACUAAUUCCAAAACCGUUCCUAGUGAAAAUUAAAAAAAAAACACUGCAAAGAGGUUGUAUACUGCUGAUUGAUUGAACGUUUGUUGUGAUGUGUCCGGUGCACUGAACUGAUGCGUAGUUUGUAAGCGACGGGAGUCCACGUGCACAGUUGUUAACUAAUAAGAUUAAGGUUAAGGUUUGUGUCAAAGGAUUUAUCGUUUCCAAAGUAUUCCCCAAAUCAUGUUUAUUUCUUUAUUGAUUCUUAAAAUAAGUUUUAGUCAGUUUAAGCAUAAAUAGAGUGCGUGCAGAGACCAUUGGUCCGCUCAGUGUGUGCCGGCGAGUAGGUAGGUAAUGCUGAAUGAAAUGUUUCUUUCGUGAACUUAUAGAUAUCGCAUGCAUCAACCAGUUCCUGUAAGGUUUCGUUUAUCAUCCAAAGUUUAUAAGUAUACAUUUAUCUAAGUAUUCGCAAAUAGUAUAAUUAGAAGGACUUAUUUUUCUUUGUUAUUUAAUUGUUAUAGCUUGUUCUUUCAUUUUGUAUUGUGUUACCAUCUAAAUAGUUUAUUAUAUUAUCAACGAUGUGGCCAUUGUUAGUUAACGAACUUAAUUUCCAAUAAUUUAGUAUAAUAUUUUAGAAUUACAAAGCGAUCUCACGUGAUCAGUGUAUUUAUGUUUCUGGCAAUCGUUGUCGAUAGGACUAAAUAAAGUACUUAAUUGUUUGUGAAAGAAGUCCAGGGCUAGCCCUUUUGUGUAUAACCCAACCUCUGUGGACCGAAGUGUUAAAAUUUAUCUAUAUUUUAAUACUGUAGCAAUACCUCUGUGUGUUUUAUACCUACUUUGUAACGUUUAUGUGGUUCCACUUUAGACACAUCGAAAACACUGGCCCUUUAGUCAAAAAAUUUCGUUAGAUACCUAAGUUUUAGAUAAGUAAUUAAUUUAUAUUGACUCUUUUCGCACGUAAGUUUGGCAUUUUUCAUAUUUUACCACCAUCUUGUACAUUUGCGUCGCCUGCGCGCGCGCACGCGCUGCUGAUUAUUUUUCUAUUGACACUUCUAAAAAAAAAUAAGUUUAGAGUGUUAAGUUUCAUAAAUAAAUGUCGAUAAGAGCUGCUUGUACCUACGAGUAGUUCGAGAAUGGGUUAAAUGUUGAACUAUUGAGUGAAGCCACUAUUUUGUGUAAGAAAAGUAUACAUAGUCAUAUUGUGCAGUCUUUCUGUGUUUUGUGACUGGUGCCAACACAUAUCGGGAGUAGAGGAUGGCUUUGUAACGGUCCCUAGUUUUAAUACUUACAUGUUAUUUAUUUCUAUCAAGUAGUCAAAUGUGAAAGAGAUGACAAGAUUCACAACUGUUCAAUGAUCAAACCUAAUUGAGAAUAAAAACAAUAUAUUAAAUGAACUGAACGACUUGGUAUCGUUACAAGCUUUUCCAGCCAUUAUAAAGUUUUAACAUCAUCUUAAAAGAACUGAUGUAUGUAGAUGUCGUAACUUAAUUUAAAUUAGUUGAGUAAUUUUAAUUUAAAGGAUUGUAUAUUUCAGUUAAAGUAUUUAGUCAUCAUUGGUGUCCGUGAAAAAAGACAAUAUUUUUAUGAAUGGCGAUUUCAGCUAACUGCCAAUUCUACCUAAACGCGUAAUGAAUAUAACAUGUUGCAUAAUUCGCUGAAAUCGUCAGACAACCACUAGACGUGAUAAGUUCGACCGUUAAGUAUGUCUGAAAUUCAGUCAACAAAGCAAUGGUAGUUUUUUUUACUGUUCGAAAACAAAAUGACCUUGUUAUUAGAUGAUUAAUAACUAAAAUUAAGGGAGAGGUGAUUAAAUAAAUUGUACUUUAAUUUUAAUUUUCAUGAAAGCGAUUGUCAACUACUGUAUUUACAUAAGUUUUUUCGGGCACAGGUAUUUUAGAUUCACGAAUACUGUUUAAAACAUGAGAUACCUAUCGGUGUCUCGUUUUGCUGACAAAAUUCGUGGUUUGAGUACGUGUGCCUUUUUUAUAUUAGGCUAAUGUUAACCUUUGACCCAACCGUGUAAGGAACAAAUUUUACAUUUUAAUGCUUUAUAAAAGACAGGAUGGGCGUUACGUAGCGGCCACAUAUUUAUUUAUCAGAGAGAAGUUUGCUUUAGUCCGCGUGUAUCGGUGUUCUCUUGUUUAUGGCGGCUUCGCUAUGGUCUGAUGCGAGACCUGCAUACCUAGCAUGGAGCGCAAGACAGGUACGACAAGACGUAGCAAGCGAAUGCGACGAAACACUUUUGUUACGCCUUGUCGAACGCGUCUUGCGCCUUAUGCUGGGCAUACUGUAGAGGCUAUGUCAUGUCACACAUUCGCCCUACGACUGAUCUUCAUUACAUUACCACCUAGUAUCAGGUUAUUCGUUGCAAGAGUGCUUCAUUGGACAUACCUCGAGCUAUUCCUAUGUAAUCGUUGUUACGUUUUGAUCUCGCUAUUAUACGCCGAAGCGAUGUUUGUGUGAAACGAAAGUGUUGCAUGCGAAAGUAGAUUAUCUGCUUAGUAUGCAUACGAUAUUUUUCUACCUGAUUGUACCUGUCAACUGUGGUAUUUGAUACAGUUGCCAAUUUACACCCUUACCGCUAUGUGAUAAGGGGUACCUAAACUUGUAGAAAUCGUGUGGUUUAUAGACGUGUGUUCUUAAAUAUUUUCUGUGAAUACCGUCGAUAAAUUACGGCAAUUCAAAUUAAGCAAUGCUUGGACGGAUCAUUGCGGAGGGUGCGUUCCCAUUCACGCACAAAAUUACAGAUUUUAUACCAUUCGAUUUAUUUCCAAAUUAGGUGUAUUUCUAUACAAAUGUUUGUCGUAAUUGCAUGGAAUGGAACGCACCUGCGACUCACGGUAGUACCAUGAGCUCUAAAACGUAUUACUUUAGUCUACCAAAAUAUUUGAGGCACCUUAUUUAUAAAAACCCAUAAAUUGCUGUAAAAAUCGUCAAAAAUCGUUUUAUACGACACCCAUUUUGUUGAUAUGAAUGUAAAUAAAUGUCAAGUUAAAA